UGGCACACUAAUAAAAAAUGAUGAAAGUUGUGAUGGUUCAGUUCCUUGGAUGUCUCCAGAAGUUUUAGAAUGUAAUGGUGUUACAACAAUGAUAGAUGUUUGGUCAUUUGCAAAUUUUUUGUGGGAAGUGCUUUCAAGAAAAAUACCUUACAAAAAUCAAGGAAUUUAUACUAUUCGGAAUUUUAUGAAAAAUGAUUUGCCUCUUCCUUUACCUGAUGAUUUACCUUUGGAAAUGAGAAAAAUAUUUGAAAGUUGCUGGAAAAAAAUCCCAAUUGAACGUUCACCAAUUAAAGAUGUUAUUGAAAUGUUGGAUGUUGCUGAAUUAAAUAUUGAUAGUAAUUAUAAAUGGGUAAGAAUUUUUAGGAGGGUUUUUGUGAGGGGGGGGGGGAGAUUAUGUUAGAAAUAAGGAAAUUUUAGUUUUUUGGACAAUUGAGAGAAUUCAAAAUUUUUUAUAUAAAGGACUAGGGCAAAGAAGAAGCUUAAAGUUAAGCUCUGUC